AUGAAAUCGCCGGGUUUAUCCGUGCUCCGAUUCACGCCGAAGAAGAAAAAGGAGAAAGGAAGAGAGCUGCUUGGCACAGCCGGUGAAGCCAACAGUAGAUGUCGAGGGACAUGGAAAAUCACCACCGGACAGAUGCUUCUCCAGCCGUUGGGGUGGAACCCCGGCCGGCGGCCGGCAGAUCGACGAAGGGAGAUCAGAGAAAUGCGACAUUGGAUGACGGGGAGAAGUGAGGAGACUGGGUUUUGGAGAAAACAUGGAUAA